AUGAGUGACGAAGAAAAAAACAGAGGAGUUGUUGUAGCUCACCACCACCACCGCCAAUAUGAAGACCAUCCUCCACCACCACCGCCACCCCAACCCCAAUAUGGUACCUUUCAAGGCGUUGCCAAUUAUCCACCGCCUUCUCAACAGCCUGUCAUUGGCUUUCCUCAGCCUGUCCCUCCUCCUGGUGUUACCGCCGAACCUUAUGCCCGCGGUUAUCAAACCGUCCCAGGCUAUGCUGUUGUUGAAGGAAGACCUGUGAGACAACAUCGCCUACCUUGUUGUGGUUGUGGUAUUGGCUGGUGCUUGUUUAUCAUUGGUUUCUUUCUGGGUGGCAUCCCCUGGUAUGUUGGGUUAUUUAUUCUAGCUUGUGCUAGGAUAGAUCCCCGAGAGAAACCUGGAUAUGUUGCUUGCACCAUUGCACAUCGUUCUUCUUCUAUGCGUUUGAUGGAGGAGAGGUUUCCCAUUUGUUUCAAUAUGUAUAGCCAUGACUUCUCGUACUCAUAA